CGGACAUGGCAGCUGCCUGUGGGAAGCUCUGUCACAAAUCCGCCAGUUAAGAUAUUUAGCCAAAUAAAACGUGAGCUAACCGAGCUGACAGAUGUUGUGUUUCUCUGUCAGAGCCAUGGAGUAAACAGCUGGCAGCGGGCAAAUUGGCUUCUGAUCUGGAUGGAACCGACGGGUCUACGAGACGUUUUCAAAUGUAUAACAUUAUCCAUUGCAGCAAUGGAGGAUAUUGGUCUCCAUCCCAAACCCACCAAUGACCCCCCUCACAGAGCCACAGUCACUGAGAGUUUUGGGCUGCACCACAUCCCAGCAGACCAUCUUCACGACACUGAUGCAAGUGGGAAAUCUGACAUGCAUAAAGAUGUGCUCCUUAAUACAACUGCCAAAAAUGGCAACACUAAUAAGGCAGGGGCUGGCAGGAAAAAACUCCAAGCCAAAGCGGCAGAUCCAUCAAAGUGGAACCAAAACAAGCAGAAACAGCUGAGGAUGGAAGGUAAAUCGUACGUGAGCAAACGCAAAAAAGACGGCGAGGUUGUAACAAAACAGCCAAGAGCAAUGGGACCGAGGUGCACCUCGAAUGCAUGCAAAAAGGCAUCAAACCGGCUUUGUAAUGAAAUCAACGAAGAGACCAGGAAGAAAGUGUUUGAUGAAUUCUGGCAGCAGAUGGACUGGGCUCAGAGAAAACUGUACGUAUCACAACAAGUUGACCGUGACCCUGUGGAAAGAUCUCGUGCAGUGGGAGCGCAGUCAAGAAGAUCGGUUUCACACCGAUAUCACUUGAUGGUGAAUGGCAAAAGAAAACAAGUGUGUAAAAACAUGUUCCUGUCCACCCUGGGGAUAGGAGAGUGGUCGGUGCUCAACUGGACACAGAAAGGAGCAACAACGAAGAAUGAAUCAAGUGAGAACAAUUUGGAAAAAAGGCAGGCUGUCCCUCCGUGCCCACAACAGGUCCCUGUUUCUUCUGCAGUCAGUAAUACUGCAGACGUUACCCAGGAACAAGGGAAUGCCACUGACAAAGACAAAGACAGGCCACCAGAACCCGAGGGGUCAGCCAGAAAGAAAUCCAGAGUUGCCACGCCGCUAACAUGGAAACACAAUCGACAGAAGCAACUUAGAAUGGAGGGAAAACCAUACAUCAGCAAACGAAAGAAAGACGGCACGACCAUAACUAAAGGUCAGAGGACCAUGGGAUUAAGAUGCACGUCCGGUGCUUGCAAAAGGGCAUCCAACCGCUUCUGUGCAGACUUCAGUGAGGAAAUGAGGAACGAGCUGUUUACCAGUUUCUGGCAGUGUAUGAACUGGGCUCAGAGAAAGACCUAUGUGUCCGGAUUAGUCGACUGUGACCCGGUGGAAAGAACCCGAGCACCGUGGACUCAGUCGAGAAGGUCGGUCUCCAUGCGCUAUCAUUUGAUAGCCAGCGGUGAAAGAAAACAGGUUUGCAAAAAGAUGUUCCUCUCCACUUUGGGGAUUGGAGAGUGGUCAGUGCUCAACUGGGCACAAAAUACAUCCAAGCAGGACAAUUCAGAGGAAAUCAACAAGAAGCAAACGAAAAGGAAGUCCCGUAAAGCUUCAGAGCAUGUAGUCCUGAAUCAGUUCCUCGAGGGUUUACCCAAAGUUCCUUCAUACUGUUGCGGGUCGUCUGUCUCCAAGCUGUAUCUGGAGCCGGUCUUCUCAAACAUGUCCGAGGUCUACAGGAAAUACUACAACCACUGCUUAGAGAGGAAGACGACACCGCUCUCUCGGCAGGUUUUCUGUGCUGUAUUUAAAAAGAUGGAUUUGGGAUUGUGUGACUCCAAAAGGGAUCAAGGGUGUUCUUUCGGUGGGAAUUUGUUUAAUGAGCUUUGGGAGGAAUACUGCUCGGAAAGAGGAGCUCCAGGGCCACAGCCAGAGAAAAGGGGUAACCAGUAGAGAGGGGUCAAGGACAAAAAGGUUCUGCGUUGAAGUUCAGUGCAUCUUGUUUGUUGCUUCAUUACGUACAACAUGAUCAUAUGAACAUUUUGGGAAAGUUGGAAUCCAAAACUUUGCUAAAAUGACUUAAGGAUCUCCAGUUUCAUUAAAUCCCAUUUAGCACAGACAGAUAGAUAGAUCACACUA